ACAGGCACCGGGCGCUCCGUGCCUCUGGCCGCCGCCGGCGCCCGCUGCUCCCAGAGAAACUUUGCGGGGCUCGGGCCGGGGGGCGGCACCGGGGGGGGGCACCGCCGAGCGCGGCAUCCCGCGACGCCUGCCCGGCUGCAGCCCGCAGAGCCCCCCGCCAGCUGCCGGGGAGGGGGGGAGGAAAGGAUUUAAGAAAGGAGAUUUUGGAAUUAUUAUUUUUAGGGAGAGUCGAAAGGGAAUUUAGGAGAAGGGGGUAACGUUUGUAAGGAAAAAAAAAGUUUGUUAGAAUUUAGAGAGGGGGGGGAAAAAAAGUUUAGAAAGAAAAAUUCCGAGGGAGCGGAGUCUCUUUUUCUCUGAAGGCAAAAUAAUUGAGGGAGAGGAGGAGAAAAAACCAACCUAGGCGCAGACGGACGCGAGGAGGGCUCGUGGUGAGAACAAUACUGCGGGAAAGUUGUGCGCGGCGCGGGAGGGCGCGGCGGGACCGACAUGCCGCAGCUGGGCAGCGGCGGAGGGGACGACCUGGGGGCCACCGACGAGAUGCUGGCCUUCAAGGACGAGGGCGAGCAGGAGGAGAAGAUCCCCGAGAACGCCUUCACCGAGCGCGAUCUGGCCGACCUCAAGUCCUCGUUGGUGAACGAGUCCGAAGGCAGCGGCAGCCCCGCCGCCGCCGCGGACCCUGAGGCCAUCCGCCGCGUGCAGGAUCCGCAGAGGGUUUAUCAGGAGAAGCUCCCGGACCACAUGGACGAUGCAGGUAUGAAGCACCAGGACCCAGGGAUGUAUAAAGGAUCUGCGUACUCUGGCUACCCCUUCCUCAUGCUCUCAGACCCCUACCUGCCAAAUGGAUCUAUGUCACCUCUGUCCAACAAAGUUCCUGUCGUGCAGCCGUCCCAUGGAGUGCACCCACUCACACCGCUCAUCCCCUACAGCAACGACCACUUCAGCCACGGUUCCCACUCACCCCAUCUGCCCGCUGACAUCAGCCAGAAGCAAGCAGUGCAUCGACCUUCCCAGACCUCCGAUAUCCCUGGCUUCUACCCGCUCCCCCCCGCUGGGGUCGGCCAGAUCACACCCUCCAUGGGAUGGCAGAGCCAGUCUGUCUAUCCGCUCCCGUCAUGUGGAUUUAGACAGCCGUAUUCGUCAGCGCUUUCUGCUGGGGCUUCUUUCUCCAGGUUCACUCACCCGCUGAUGCUGGGCUCCGGCAUGCACACCACUGGCAUCCCACACCCCGCCAUCGUGCCCCACUCUGGCAAGCAGGAGAUGGAGCACUAUGACCGCAACAUGAAACCUCAGCCAGAACCAAAGAGAGAGAAGGAAGCCAAGAAGCCCACUAUCAAGAAGCCCCUGAAUGCUUUCAUGUUGUAUAUGAAAGAGAUGCGGGCGAAGGUCAUUGCUGAAUGCACACUGAAGGAGAGUGCGGCCAUCAACCAGAUCCUGGGAAGGAGGUGGCACGCACUGUCCCGGGAGGAGCAGGCCAAGUACUACGAGCUGGCACGCAAGGAACGGCAGCUCCACAUGCAGCUCUACCCCGGCUGGUCCGCGCGGGACAACUACGGAAAAAAGAAGAGGCGGACACGGGAAAAGCAGCAGGACUCCAACUCAGAUCCUGCCUCUCCUAAGAAAUGCAGAGCUCGCUUUGGCCUCAACCAACAAACGGACUGGUGCGGCCCGUGCAGAUAACUCUCUUCACUGUUCAUAGGAGGAAAAAGAAGUGCAUUCGGUACUUACAAGGAGAAGGACGCUGUGCCAGCCCAGUUUCUUCCGAUGGAAGUGCUAUAGACUCCCCUCCCUCCCCCCUGGAUGCACUCCAAUGCGUAUCCUCCGCUUUCCCUUCAGACAAGCUUGCAGCCCCCGCAGACUCCACACACAGAGAACACACCGACCCCCUCCCCGUCUCCGCUCCCCUCACAGCUGCUGUCUGCUCCUCCAGACCCAACGCCGGGUGCUCUCCCGCACCCGCAGAGCCCUCAGCCUGCAGCGUGGCUUCCACGGGGACGUAGUCCCACACCCACCCGUGUCUGCUGAGACGUUGGGCACUUUGCUCUCCCACCAAAAAGGACCAGAGGCCCGCCCCAGUUCCCUGUUUCACUGCAAAGUUAGGCAACAGAACGAUUGGAGGAUGCUGGAAAACUCAUUUGUUUAUUUGGGGGGAGGUGGCGGUUAAAGAUAGCAAAGUGAUUUUUAAAAAGGUUUAAAAAAAAAAAACAACACAAAACCUGCCAAAAUUUGAAGUGCUGAUGAGUAAAUAAGCCUUUUGUCCCCGCCCUGUGCUGCUUUUUUGUUUGUUUGGGGUUUUUCUUUCUUUACUGCAUCAUCUAUGAGUGUGGCAGAAAGCAAAGAGAGACUCCCCAGCUUGCUGCAGUAGGUGGUAGGUGCUCUACAUCUAACGCAGGCUUCCAUGUUCUGCCUUCCGAGCUGCUUUAAGCUGUAGUCCUCCUGUAGCUGUUAUACCAUGGAACUGGAAAAGCUGGAAUAGGAGCCUUUUGUAAAAGCCCUUGUGUCUGAAAAUGAAAUGUAGCGAUGCUAGCUUUGUGAUCUGACUGGAUGAUAGAGAAAUAUUUAAACAAAUGAGAUGUAUUUUUUAAACUUCUUGUUUGAGAACAGGAAGGUACUGUUUACAGGUAAUAGUCUCUGUGCAGACACACUGAAUCCCACUGGUGUGUGGCAGGGCAGAGGAUUGCUCCCCACAUCAGUCCAGUGCAGGGUUUCCCUGCUGUUGUGCUUUGGUUGUUGCAAAUUCGGGCAGCCAGAAUGGCCAUGCAGUGGGCUGGGGAGAGCCUCAAAAAGCUUCCCCUUAACCCAGCACACACGAGGAGCACGUAGGGCAAGCAGCCACACAGCCUGACUGAGGCACUCAGGUGCGCUGCGCUCCAUCUCACAAGCCAGGCUGAGGCCAGGCUGCAGGAAGGGGCUGAGCCCCACACUCCCUGCCGUGCAGCCCGGAGCAGCAGCACACUGCCCUGCCCUCUGCUCACAGGCUGCAUUUACCCUCUGCAAGACCAAAAACGUUUCUUGCUGAUUUGGUGUCUGACUUGUUAAAGAACUUACCCGAGCUUUUUCUAACAGAUCUCCCUCACCAUGAGGCCAAACAUGAAGGCAUUCUCUGCAGCCUGAGAAUGUUUACCAGGUUCUGGUAUCUUCUAUUUUGAUCUGUGGACACAUUCUGAUCUCCACAAACUGAUGUAAAUCCUAACUUAACCAAAUGUAUCGAUAUCUCUACGUUUACACACUUGGCACACAGACCAGUCCGGUCCAGUGCGUAUCUUUUCCUGCUUGAAAGAAAUGUAUUUUAGACUGCUGAAGAGAAGAACACCAAACUGAGGGAGAGAGGGGGCUAUUUUUGUCUACUUGACAGAACAGGUUUUAGAGUACUGACUACAAAUUAUGUAGUAACAUUAUUGUAGAACUGCAGGAAACUUAAGAUGACCUUUAUAAUGUAAAAAAAUUAUUUUUAUAUUUCUUUUCUUAAAACAAAAACCCGGAUUUUAUACAUUGGACUCAACUUUUUAAACAAGUUUAUGCAUCAAAGAUUGAAAAAUGAAAAAAAAAAGACACUGAUUAGUCUGUAGAGCAUCCCUGGGUUUGUUCCCCUGAUUUAGGUGCUUCUGCUUAUAGUAGUGUAGAUCUUUAAUGCGUUUUAGCUUAGAAGACCCAAACUUAUUGCUUUCUUCCUCUUCUGUGUAAGUGCAACUUUGGAAGCACUGAACGAAGCGACGUGCACAGACUGACAGAGCUGUUCUAACCCUUAGAGAAGUAGCAUUAGCUGCAGGGCCAGCUGCACACUGCGCUCAGAGGGUUAAUGAUGCAGCCAUUGCUCACACACCAUCCGCUCGUCUUUAAGUUAUUUCAGCAGGCUUACACAACAGCACGGCCCAGUGCUGAGCACAGCGACUCAGCGAGCCAUUCCCAGACCUGACACAGACUCUUCUUCUGACUAUACCUUAUAUACAUAAACCUUAAAAAAAGCUUUGUCUCAGCUCACCAUUCUUCACUUUGAGACCCUCUGAUGUAAGGUGCUGUCCAAGUGACAACUACUGUAAAAGCCACAGCUGACAAGUCGGCCACACUGCGCCCAUUAGCGGGCAGAACCAGGUGCAGAGCUGGCAUAACGUAAUGCCUGCUUGGUAUUUCAUGGUUGGACCAAAUGUAACUUAGCAGCAAAGAUGGGUAUAAAGAAAAACCUAAGAAAAACCAGCCGUCUCUAAGUAACACCAGAGGAAAUUUAAGGGAAAGUCCUGACCAGUAUUAAACCGCAUGCUGUGACCAAGGACCGAGUAGCACUAAACAGCUGUCAUUCAUUUCAGAACUCGUUAGGACUUCCCUUCAUCUAUUUCAGGGCUACUCAUAGCCCCUCCACGGUGCCCGCGCUGCCCGCCUUGCUCAGGGCACGCUGACGGGGAAAGACCCACCUGUGUUACAGCCUCCUCUCAUCACUGCCAUUCCACCCAAUUCCUGCACAAUCUCCUUGGUGGAACCUGCCUUCCCUUCUCCAGGAGCCUUCCCACGUGCAUCCAUGGCACAGAGGUGGGCAUUCCCAGGGCACAGACAGGCGCACACUUUCUGACCGCUGCUCCUAAACAGAUCUCACACCAACGCAGCAUCAUUUCGGCCUUUGCUGUUACCUGAAAGCUUAAAUGGCACAACUUAUUUCCUUCCCCAAAACACAUAAGAGACCUCAGAGCUGCCCAUUUCCGAGACAGAACAGCAAGCUGACCGACUUCUGAUCCAUGCCCUAUGGUUAACAGUGCCAAAACAGAGUUACUUCUAUUAAUGCCAAAAGAAAUCUCUAGAAAUGCUCUAUGAAGUGUUAUUAUUUUGUGUUAAUGUGCUUUUUUAAUAGAAGGAAAGCAUCGCCCUGAAGUUUUUAAUUGCAAAAAGAAUUUUUUUUUUCAGUUUUUUACAGCAAUUUCAACUUCUCUCAAAAUACUUAUUUGAAUUCCUGAAACCACUCUGAAUGUGGAAGUCAUGGAAAUACCACUUCAUUAAACCAAGAACAACCACUGUAUGUAUGUAGCAGGGAUAAAUGUUUUGCAGCUGUACUUUCAUUUGUCCAAUGAUUAUCCAUCAUUUGUUGUAAUUUUUUUACUUCACCGAGUUUGUAUUUUUUGGCUUUUAUGUUCAAAAUAUGUUUAUAGCUUUAUAAAUAAAGUAAUUGCCAGACUGGCUGUUCAAAAUAGGCCACUGGAAAUUAUAAGCCUA